AGAUAGUCGCAGUUUUUGACGGAGGUGACUAACGACUAGCGUGACAUCGGAAACAUGGAAGACGUACUGGACGAGGUGGUUUCUUCGGAAGAUUUAAAGAAAUUUGAAAGAGUUUAUCAUGAGCAGCUGCACGCUUCGAAUGUUACCCAAAACGCGCAGUUUGAAUAUGCCUGGUGUCUUGUCAGAAGCAAGUACUCGGCAGAUAUUCGAAAAGGAAUUAUCUUACUUGAAGAUUUGUUCAACAAAGAAGGAGAGGCUUUGAAACGUGACUGCAUAUACUACCUAGCAAUUGGAAAUGCUAGAAUAAAAGAGUACACCAAAGCUUUGUCGUACGUGAGAGCGUUUCUGCAAAUUGAACCAGGCAACCAGCAGGUCCAGCAUUUAGAAACUACAAUAAAAAAAAAAAUGGAAAAGGAGGGACUUGUUGGCAUGGCAGUAGCUGGGGGAGUAAUAAUUGGACUUGCAAGCAUUUUGGGAUUAGGAAUUGCAAUGGCAAAGAAGGGUUAAUGAACACUGUCACAGUCUGUGCAUCAUUGAUCAUAUUUAAACGCAAACGAUGUACGGGAGAUAGAGUGAUAAUUUUCGAGUAAAAAAUUAUGCUAAUACAUAUAUAGUGAUGAUGUUUGCAUAAUAAGGAUUAAAAAUAAAUGUGUUUUCUUUCCAUUAUUUCGUAUUGAUUUUCAAUUCAGGUUAAAUAAAAAUCGCCUUCCAUGUUUUUCUACUUAUGUAUUUGAACUGGUUUAAAAAAAAAAUUGAUUUCUUGAAAAAUGUUACUGUAUCAUGAAUUACAGUUCGUAUUAGUCAAAAAUAGGCGAUUAACGUCACGAUAAUUCCGUAGUAGUUAUGAAUGCUUGUUUUGGAUACAUUCCAAAAUCUUUAGCAAAGCAUUAUCUUCUUAUUGUAUAGCUUCCUCAACUUUAUCUAAUGUUAAAUUA